AUAUCACAAACUGGUUAGAGAAUCAGUAUGAUUACCAAAUAUAUCGACACCCACCAAAGAUUAAGGCCCAGGCUAGCUUUUCUAAAUGCCGAAUUCCUAAUAAAUUACAUCAAUGUGACCUACUCCCCCAUGUCCACGAUGAUCAGAAAAGAGGAAAAAUAUAUUUACACAGUUUG